AUGACAGCGGAGUCUGCCAGGGAAUGGAUUGACCAGCUCACUUGCUUCGGCUCCACGGACACCAAGCGUGCGCUGGACUAUGCUCUGUCAGAUCCUCUCACGGAGUCAGUCUACCUCAUCACGGACGGACGACCAAACCAGCCAACGGGUGCCUUGCUCGCGCACAUCGCCUCACUCCAACCCUGUGCGCCGAUUCACACAUUCAGUUUCAACUGUUCGGAUCCCCAGGCUAACGAUUUCCUAGCCAGUCUAUCAAAAUUAACCGGUGGCCGAUUUCAAAUUCUCAACCAUGAUAACGACAACGUCAUAGCCCAUGAGAACGAGGACUUGAUGCUGUUGCGGGAGGAACUUUUAAGAGGACGUGCGAGCCUGGAAUUUAUGCAGGACAUUUAUAAACAGUGUCGUCUGAAGACUCUAGCACGUGCGCAAGAAACUUCACCCAGUUGCAUCAGCCCCCCAGCUGUCGUGGAGAAAAUCAGUGAUACUACUUUCGAGGGUCAAGUGCCAACUCGUUUGACUGUUACCAAAGAGAUUUGUCAGAAGGUUCUUUUACCACCUGACCCAUCGACCCCUACAGACGGACGAGAAUCAGCCGCCGCCAGAGGAGGUGAGAAUCCCAGCGUGUGCACUUUCAUCGACCCCGAAUUGCUACAAAAUUACUGUUCCAGCCUAUCAACCGUGCUAGAAAAUAUUUAUAGGAAGGCGAUGGAGAUAUCAGAGGCAGAAGGCAAAUGUGGGCAACCGUUGUGUUGGCUUCAUUGUCGUGGUACCCUCGCAGAGCUGACUGAAGAGGCAGCGAGACGGGGAGACGUGAAACUGCUGGCCGAAGAGUUUAAGAGGGGAGUCACUUACUAUAGGCGUGCUCACCUGCUCUUGCAAACCAUACUGAAGCACAAUGCUCGUUUUCAUUCACUCCAAUAA